UGGAAAGAGAGGCAGAGGAUGUGAGAACGGAGCAGGAAGCACGCCUAGCAAAGGCGCGUGAAGGGGGGAAUUAAAUAGAGAUUCGGUGAUUGGAGAGGGGUGGAAUUGGAAAUAAAAAUUUUGCAUGUCGGAACUGGAAUAAAGAGGGGGGAAAACUGAGGACGCUUGGCAUGAAUUAUGAAGCUUUGUGUCACCCCUUUUAUUUCCACCUGGUUCCUUUCUUUAUCAGACAUCCCCUCAAUUUUCCCAUUUAAUGAAAAACAACAAAACCCUCUUUAAUCAAUACCAAAGUAAGGGACUUCAGACAUAGAGAGAUGAAGAUUUUGAUUACAAAGCAAAGCAAAGUACAGAUUUUAGAUAGAUAGUGAGAUUCCCUUGAACAAACUGAGAGAUGGGUAGGGAUGGGAAUAAAAGUUGCUUUGCAUGUUGCUUUUCAACACCCACAACUUCUUCUUCUUCUUCUUCUUCUUCAUCGGCAAUCAAGCUUUUGUUCUUUAUAGUUCCCUUGAUUCUGGUAUCAUUCAUUGUGUUUGUUUUAGUACCAAGAAACUCAACUUGGGCUUUGAUUUAUAGCCUCCCUCCUUCUACCUCUGCGGUGGCGGCGGCGGCAAAUAGCAGCGAGAAGCUCGGUGCAGCUGUGUAUGCUGAAAGCAGCCAACAAGUAUUGGAUUUGCCUUCCAGGGUGGUCAAGACGGUGGAUGUUGGAGGCAGCUCGGGAGAAGCGACACUGUCUGACUCAGAUGAGGUUGCUGUUAAUCGCUCAGCUUCACCCCAACUCUCUGCUGUUGAAGCAGUCACCAAAUUUCAAGAAUUAAACGAAACAAAGGAGUAUAGUAGCUUAAACACCUCAAUUACCGACUCAGAUAACUUAAACAUUACCAUUAAUGGGACCCCAAAUAAUGCUACAACAUCCUCGAAUGAAACCAUAGCUCUUCCCUUAAAGCACAACAGACAAGUUCGAACCAAAUUGGACAAGGUUGAAGCUGGUCUACAAAGAGCUCGAUCGGCCAUAAGAGAAGCUAAAAAUGGGAGUCAAUUACGGGAUCCUGACUAUGUCCCAGUAGGUCCUAUGUACUGGGAUGCAAAGGCCUUUCACAGGAGCUACCUGGAAAUGGAGAAACAAUUCAAGGUGUUUGUUUACAAAGAAGGGGAACCUCCUGUGUUUCAUGACGGUCCCUGCAAGAGCAUAUAUUCCAUGGAAGGAAAUUUCAUUUAUAAGUUGGAUGUUGAUACCAAAUUUCAAACUAAAGAUCCCCAGAAAGCUCAUGUCUUUUACCUUCCAUUCAGUGUAGCAAAGAUGGUCCGAUUCGUUUAUUCACGGGACUCGCGUGAUUUUAGUCCCAUACGAAGGACAGUGGUGGACUACAUCAAUCUUGUUGCUCAGAAAUACCCUUACUGGAAUCGGAGCCACGGCACGGAUCAUUUCAUGCUCGCAUGUCAUGAUUGGGGGCCAGAAGCUAGCUUCUCACUUCCUUACCUAGAAAAGAACUCCAUUCGAGCUCUAUGCAACGCCAACACUUCUGAAAGAUUCAACCCCGUCAAGGAUGUUUCGAUUCCAGAAAUCAAUCUUAUAACUGAUAAAUUAACCGGUUUGAUGGGUGGACCAUCAGCUUCUCGGCGUCAAAUCUUGGCCUUCUUUGCAGGAGGGGUUCAUGGUCCGAUAAGACCGGUCUUACUCGAGCAUUGGGAAGACAAGGAUGAAGACAUUAAGGUACAUAAAUACCUACCAAGAGGUGUCAAUUACUACGAUAUGAUGAGAAAUAGCAAGUAUUGCAUUUGUCCAAGCGGUUACGAAGUUGCAAGCCCGAGGAUUGUGGAGGCGUUGUACAAUGGAUGUGUUCCAGUGCUCAUAUCUAAAAGUUACGUGGCACCAUUUAGCGAUGUUCUACGAUGGAAGUCGUUUUCGGUGACGGUGUCAGUGGAUGACAUCCCGAAACUGAAGGAAAUAUUAAUGAAUAUAUCGACAAGGCAAUACAUAAGAAUGCAGAGGAGAGUGUUGCAAGUCAGAAGGCAUUUCGAGUUCAAUUCUCCGCCUAAGCGAUACGAUGUGUUUCACAUGAUCCUACACUCGGUUUGGCUUAGAAGACUCAACGUUAGGAUCACCGAUGACCAUGGAGUCGUGGCUAAUUGAUGGCUGGAUUUUCAAGUAAUAAAUAGUUUCGACCAGAUUAAUUAAAAAAAUUUGGUGUACAUGUGUUUUUAUGUCUUCUGUUUGUUGGGAAACAUAGUAAGUUAUGCGUAGACAGAGACGAAAAUGACUCCAAAAUUGAGGCAUCAUGAAUUGUUUGUUUCGAGGGAGUUAUUUUGUUAAUUGAUUUAGGCCUAGCUCUUUUUAUGUUGUUGCGGAUGUACGAGAUAUAAAUUAAUGAUACUUGAUAAUAAUAUUUAAGUAAUUUCAUGGUA